AUGCGUCGGCAUCAACUGUGGGAAACAGUCGACUGGCGAUAUCUUUCGCCUAUCGACACAUUCAUUCCGCAGCAAUACAUUCGUCAGAUCCUGUGCUUUCCCGGGAAAGGGCCAUCGGCAAUUUCGGCUUUCAAACAUGGCCUGGAAAGAUGCAUUUCCUCGAUUCCCUGCCUUUCAUCUAGCAUAGUACCAUGCUCCAAACCCACCCACCAACCCCAAGAUGAUUCAUCUCACCCCUUUGACAAGUACGCAAAAUUUCGUCUUGGAACUCCGGUCUAUGAUAUCAAGGGCAUCCUCUCUGUUGGAACAUCCCAGCUUCUGGAAGGAACGGAUUACGGGAGUCUAAAGCGGGCCAGCUUUCCAAACAAUCUUUUGAAUCGGGAUGUGUUACUUCCUCCACUUCCGCACUUCCCAGUGACUAAUGGUUCUGCCCCGGCUUUUCGAGUCCAUGUGACACCGAGAUCGGAUGGAACUAUAGUGGGUGUGUGCCUUCACCAUAGCGUCGCUGACCUGGGAGGUAUCAAUGCUAUAUUCAAGACAUGGGCAUAUUUUUGUAAGAAGCACUACGAUGAAGACAGGCAGCAGACAUUCGGGUCUGAUGCCGUCCUCCCGGUCGAGAAUUCCGUCUCUGUUGAAUGUGACCGACACAUAGUGUAUGGUUCGAGGUUCAGUGAGGGUUCGGAAUUUGCAGAUAAAUACACAGCAGAGGAGCCAAGCUGCCCGGCAGAUAUAACCGUCCUCAACUCAGCACCACCAACCCUGACAUCAGAUAUCAUAUCGAAUUUGCCCAUGGAGACGGUACAUUACCGGAUACCUAGGCAAACGGUUCACGGCUUGAAGGUUACACUUAGUGAAUACCUGCAACCCGGAACGAAAUUAUCAUCCAAUGAUGUCAUAUGUGCUAUGUUAUGGAGUGCUAUUACCUUCGCUCUAGCACCUCAAUCGUCAUAUUCUCGAGCGCGUGGACGGGACCAUCCCGCGAGCACUGAUGAAGUGGUCUCGAUGGGCUUGAGUAUUGAUAUGCGAAAGCGUCUCCAUGUGCCUAUUCCAGAGGACUUUGUAGGCAACGCGUUGUCAAUGGCGUGGCCGACCGUUCCUAAGAGACUACUGCUUGAUGCGGCUCAAGGUGCAAGCAGCAGCUCUUCUUCGCUUGCAUCUAUGGCUCAUAUCGCUGUUUGCAUUCAAGAGUCCUACGCGUCACUGACAGAAGACUAUUUCCACAAUUUAAUAGCUUAUUUAGGUUCGCAUGAGGACGUCAACAAAUUGCAAUGGGGUCCAGGACCUGCCAGUACCAAUAUGGUGGCUGCGACCUGGAAAGCGUUUGAAAUACACUCCCUGGAUUGGGGCGGUGACAUCGGGAAAUGCGAGGCCGUUAGGACGAGACUACCAUUUCCUCAUACUAUUACUAUCUUACCGGAAGCACCGGAUUCAGAGGGCACAGACAUUGUCUUCUGUUUCUUAAAUGACACAAUGCAAAUAAUCAAAAGUUGUGAGAUCAUCCAGCAAUACUAUCAGCGAAUGGAUGUCGAAGACUGA